CUUUCCUGCAAAGCUCGUCCCUGGUUCCAGAAGAGAUGUUUUCACUCGCCAGAACAUCCGAAUUUUUUGGAUGUAACACUUGAAACUGAGGUUUUCUGUAAACAUAUUCUUCAAAGUUCACAAAUGUAAGGGAAGGGACUUAUUACUGAUUACGAUGAGGCGCUGAACGCAGUUUAAGGAAGCAGCGCUCAGCUAGUUCCCUGCCGUUGCUAACGUUAGCUACGCUUGUUGUGCAGUAGUUUGACCAGUUUGCUAAGUUAACUUCGUCGCUAGGUAGUAUUACGUCUUAUGUUACCAUGAUGUCACGAGAUCCACGGGGACCUCCUUUUGAUCCCCGAUACCCAAUGCAUCCAAGGGGUCCUUUUCCGCCGGACGACCCAUGGAUGGAGGCACAUUUCCGUGGUGGACCCGACCCACGCUUCAUGCGCGACGGGCCCCCAGGGCCGUGGAUGGAUCCCAGGGACCGAAUGCCCCCUCAUCCGUAUGGACCAGAGCCAUGGAUGCACCACCCAGACAUGGACCCGAGGGGUUACGGACCUAUGGAUGACUACCGUCCGGGUCCUGGCAUGCCGUAUCCUUACGACCUGGAGCGCCCACCCUUACCUGGACAUUACCCCCAUCCGGAGUUUGACCGUGGCCCCCCAUUGCCCCAUGACUAUCCUGGAUACGGACCUCCUCAUCCAGAUCCGUAUUUCAGGCCCCCGCCGCAUCCCAUGGAUGAGUUGGACUAUGGCCCCCCAGACCCUUAUCCACCGAUGCCCGGUAGGCAUUACCCUCCGCCGCCAGAGUUUGAUCACGGCCUUCCACCGCCGCCAGAGUUUGAUCACGGCCUUCCACCACCGCCGAUGCACCCUGAUUAUCCCCCGAUAGACCCGGGCAUGCCGCCGCCUAGCAUGCCUCCCCCUGGCAUGCCUCCGCCUGGGAUACCUCCACCUGGGAUACCACCGCCCGGCUUGCCUCCACCUCCGCUAUCUGAGUAUGGUCCUCCCCCUCCGUUUGUGCCCCUAGACCCACACUUUGGACAUGUGGACCCCCACUACCUACAUCCUCCGUCGUCGGUUAAAAAUCUCACCUUCUCUGAGGCGAUGAAGGAACGUGAGACGCUGAGGAAGCAGAGGGAUUUCAACAUGAAGACGGAGGUGGAGCUUCUGAAGGAAGUCCAGGACUUAAGCAGGCAGCAAGCGGUCCUCCUGAAGAAGGAGAAGAGGAGGAAUAAGAAGAGGAGCCCAGAGGAGAAGGAGGCUCUGAAGGAUCCGCACCUGACGGUGAUGACCAUCAAGGUGGAGAUGGUGGAGACCAAGCUGGUGAUCCUGCAGAAGGAGACCAAGGCCGUGGUGACCCGGCUGGCCGAGCUGGAGGAGGUGGGCCUGGCCCUGGGCCUCCCCCCCACGCCCCCACCCCCCGUCUCCGCCUCCCUCCGCCUCCAGGACCUGCCCCUGCAAAUGGCCAAGAAGAAGAAGCCCAAGCCGAAGCCUCCCGCUGCUACUGCUUCCACCGUUGCUACUGCCUCCACCACUGCGGCCACCUUUGGCGGCUUGGAGGACCUGCCCCUGCAGAUGGCCAAGAAGAAGAAGACCACCAUUACCAAGCCGAAGCCUCCGACUGCAACUUCCCCCACCCCCUCCACCACUGCAACUUCCCCCACCCCCUCCACCACUGCAACUUCCCCCACCCCCUCCACCACUGCAACUUCCCCCACCCCCUCCACCACUGCAUCUGCUCCCGCCGCCACCGAUACCUCCAGUGCCAUCACCACGUCCACCAGCCCAGCAGCCACACCAGAAGCUACACCAGCGACCAUAUCAUCUGAUUCAACCACCACCCCAGCCACCGACUCGUCUGAUUCAACCACCCCAGUCAUGGCAACAGACGCCCCAGUCACGGCACCGGAUACCCCAGUCACGGCAACAGACGCCCCAGUCACGGCAACAGACGCCCCAGUCACGGCAACAGAUGCCCCAGUCACAACGGACGUCCCAGUCACGGCAACGGAUGCCCCAGUCACGGAAACAGACACCACGGCAACAGAUGCCCCAUUCACAACAACGGACGCCCCAGUCACAGCAACUGAUGCCCCAGUCACGGCAACGGAUGCCCCAGCCACGGCAACAGAUGACACGGCAACCGAUGCCCCAGUCACGGAAACAGAUGCCCCAGUCACGGCAACAGACGCCCCAGCCACGGCAACAGAUGACACGGCAACCGAUGCCCCAGUCACGGAAACCGAUGCCCCAGUCACGGCAACAGAUGCCCCAGCCACGGCCUCUUCCAGCUCCACUGACACCUGCUCCGCCAUAAAGGCCCCAGGCGAUUCAGAGAUGGACACAAGUGUCGAGACCGCUCAGGCCUCAGGUGAUGCAGAGAUGGACACAAGUGUCGAGACCGCUCAGGCCUCAGGUGAUACAGAGAUGGACACAAGUGUCGAGACCGCUCAGGUAGAGACUGCCCAGGCCUCAGGUGAUGCAGAGAUGGACACAGGCCCUAAGAACGCCCUGACCGAGAGCGCUCAGGUGGAGAGUACCCAGGCCGAGACUUCCAAGGCCUCAGGUGAUUCGGAGAUAGCCACUGGCACCGAGACUGCGCCGGCCUCCGGUGAUUCGGAGAUGGCCACUGGCACCGAGACAGAGGCAGCGACCACCCAGGCAGAGCCGACCACCAGCCUGAUGAAAGAGCCUGACAGUCAGCCGCCAUCUACCACUCCCACCGCCUCUUCCACCAAGGAUGGAGAGCCAGCGAGCAGUGGUUCCUCCGGCCAGCCGGGUCCAGUGAAGCUGACCCCUGCAAAGACCCCUGCCCCCCUGAUCAAACCCCCCAAAGCCAUGACCAAGUUCAUGCUGCCAAAGAGGCCCAAACCGGCUCCUCUGUGCCCUUCUAAAGCUCCAGCCGGACGCUCAAUGGGGACCAUCCUGUCCGUCGGGGAUGAUGACCUUGGUAUCAUUGAACGGGGCGACAAAAAGACAUUUCCUUUCAAGCUGAGUGCUUUUGUGGGCAUACCUGCUAAUCUGGUACCUGGAGUGAGGGUGAACUUCACUGUCUGCAAGACUGAGGAGGAUGAGGAGUGCGCGACUGAUGUGUGUGUCCCGGCGGGAGGCACAGAGGAGUUGCACGGUGAAGUGUUCGUCGGAGUCGUCACCAAGAGCAUCAAAAACGCACAGUUAAAAAACAAGGUGAAGCAGCUGAGGCUGGAGACAUCCAUCUAUGGGACGGCGAUGGAGCUGCCUUUCACCGAGGGCGACUGUGCCGUCACCUUGGUUACCAAUGACCUUGUGACCUUCCAGGUGGUCACUAGCAUCGUCACCAAAACCAUGAGGGCUACCAACGUCCGGCCAAAGGUUCCAGACACGUUCCAGGUUACCAAGGAAUCACGAGUCAUGGGCGUGAUCAUAAAAGUGGAGAACGGUGUUUGCGCCAUAAGGUCCGAGCAGAUCGGAGAUCUGUAUCUCUACACGGAGAACAGCGAGAACCUCGCGGACGACAAAUGGGCCGAAUCGGACCGCGUGGAGUUCACCAGGAUGACGGUGCAAGGAGUAGACAUGGCCGUCAGAGUGCGGAAGCUUCCGGAGGGAAUGGAGUCAUUUAAUGACAUCGCCCAAACCGACUUGGCAGAGGAGGAAAGCGAUGAAGAAACUUCGGAAGAAGAAGAAGAGGAGGAGGAGGAAGAGGAGAUAGAAGAAGUCGAUAUGGCUCUCGAGAGUGACCCGGAGCCAGAGCCGGAGUGUGAGCCCGUCGUUGAGGACGUGAGUACGGAGAAGUACGACGGAGUGGUGCUCAGGGUUCCCACCAAGACGGACCGCGCCACGGUUCUUGACCUUGGCAGUGUGAAGAUCUGUAUGAAUGACGAGGAGAAGAGGCUGACCUUCAGUGCAAAUGAUGUGCUGACCAAGGCCACCAUGUUGGUGGGGGACAAGGUUCAGCUGCACAUCUCCACCAACCCAAAGACCAAGACGGAGAGGGCUGUCAAUGUGCACUUCCGCAAAGGCUUCCUGCGCAUUCUCACAGAGCAACGUAAAACCGGCGUUGUGAUUGAGCUGGAGGAGUCGCAUGGAUACAUCAAAUACCCACAAGACCCAAAGUUGUUCUUUGACCUCAACGAGGUGAUGGAGGAGAAUCCGCUGUCCGUCUCUGAUAAGGUGGAGUUCACCGUGAUGCCGAAAACGGAAGGAGUUGGGAACCAAGCCAUCCGGGUCAAGAGGCAUGUGGACCGAAAAUUGCCUCCUAAAUUAGAGGCCUUGGUGGCAAAAAAUAGAAUUAAGAAGAAGAUGACCAUUAAGAUCUCAACUGAGCUUAGAGACCAAGCUCCGAAUGAGGAACUCAAGCCUGAUACUGAGGACAUUUUAAAAACGGACGUCUUGCCAAUGCGAGCGAAGCCGAGCCCCAUGAGCACCAAGAUCACGAUGCUCAGGAAGGAGGUGAUUAAGAAGGAAGCAGAGGAGGCCAAGCGCUCCAGGAGCGAAGACCGCUCAAGCAAUAACGACAGUCCGAGGGACGACCGCCGUAGUCGCAGUCGUAGUCGCAGUCCUACCCGUACAUCCGCCAGCACUCCUGGCCAGGACGGUAAAAGCGAGAGCCAAGACAAGGCAAAUGGCGGCAGGGCAGACAAACGAGGCCUGAGCGCGGAAAAGAGGGAAGAAGGGAGUAAGGAGAAGCUGGAGAAGCCCAACAGAAGCCGCAGCAGAAGCAGAGAGCGUUCUUACCGAUACAGGGGCGCCCCCACAGCCGGAAGCAGGGAAAUAAGCCGAGACAAAGAUAGGGACAGGGACAGAGAUCGAGAGAAAGACAGGGACAGAGAUCGAGAGAAAGACAGGGACAGAGAUCGAGAGAGAGACAGGGACAGAGAUAGAGAGAGAGACCGGCAGCGAGAGAGAGACAGAGAAAGAGAUCGAGACAGAGACAGAGACAGAGACCGCGAUAGGGACAGAGAUCGCGAUAGGGAUAGAAGCAGCCACCGGAGGACGGGGGAAAGUCCGGCACGAUUGGACGCAAGAUACUGGAGUGGCGGCAGCUCUGGAGACCCUGCUCACUGGAGAGGCGGCAGCAGCAGCAGGAGCCCCAGUAGAGACGGCGCAAGCGCUCGCUCAUAUUACAGAGAUCAUCCGAGUUCGGAUCCAUACGGGAAGCCUCCGUACGGUCCACCAAGCUCUGAUCCAUAUGGAAAGCCUCCUUACGGAUCACCAAGUUCUGAUCCAUACGGGAAACCUUAUGGACCACCAAGCUCUGAUCCAUAUGGAAAACCUCCUUAUGGACCACCAAGUUCUGAUCCAUACGGAAAACCUCCUUACGGAUCACCAAGCUCUGAUCCAUACGGAAAACCUCCUUACGGACCACCCAAACCUUACGGUGUGGACGAGGAGUUGAUGAAGAAGCAAAGAGAGCUGGAAGAACUUAAUGAGUUGAUCGCCCGAAAGAAAGCAUUGAUAGGCAUGGAAGAUGAGAAGCCUAAAGCGCCUGCUGGAAUGCCUAAGGAGCGCCUGGGCUGGGGGGCGGAGCCUCUGGGAUCAGACGAGGAAGAGACUCUGGAGUGGCUCCCUCAGAACAGCGCAAGACGCCAAGCUGCCAAACCAAUCAAAUCCAUUCUGAAGAAACCCAAAGAAUAUCCUCCUCCGGACGUUCCACCUCAGGCUAAAAGCUUGGACGAUUCCUCCAAACUAUCAGCUUCGCGCUACUCUUACGACAGAACCCAUCCAACAUCCGCCCCCCCAGGUCAUCCUCAGGACAACGCCACUAGGUACCCAUCGAGUCACCUCCACUCUGGCCAAACCUACUCAUACCGGGAAGAGAGGUCGUACCGUGACCCAGACCCUUACAGUCAGCAUUCUGCCCCGCUCCAGCCAAGCCCGACUCAGAGCUCCCAAACACUUGCCGUUCAGCAGCUGGAGGCAGACGCCAGAGGCAGCACGGCGUCCCAGAUGCAGCGCUUCCUCAGUCUGCUCAACAAAGGCGUGGAUAUCAACCAGCUGUCCACACUGAUUAGGGAGUCCAUGGGGAAGAACACUGCCAGUAGUAGUUCUACAACACCACCAGCCAGGGAAGGGUCGUAUAAAGAUGACCGGUAUGACCCCUUCAAAGUCGAUGAAGAGCAGGACCACAAGCAGAGCAAGGAUGACCUGCUGCCCCACGAGAGAGCUAUGGAGGACGGCAGUGGAUUUUCCCGAAUUCUUGGCCUGAGUCUCGAGCCGCGAGAGAAAGACUCGCCACUGAGGCAGAGCGUCGAGAAGGAGAAGGAUCCUGUCCUUCUGGACGCCGGCCCUUCCGGCAGCACACCAGUAGAGGCGAGUGCCAACCAGUAUGGCCGCCAACCUGAACAAUCUGAAACGUCUGAAACAUCAGUGCCUUCUGUCCAGUACAAAGAAACCCCAAAGUCUAGCCUGGCUCCAGAUGAGGCGAUGCCACCUGCCGCUGGCAAAGAGAAGGAGAAGGAGCAGUACUUUGACAAAGUCCAGAACCUUCUCAAAGCCAUCGGCCUGAACCUCAACUCUUCUGAGGUGACCCAGCUCACCGACCGGAUGAAAGAGCGGCUUUAUGGUGCCAAGACCAGAGAAGCCUCUUCCGAGUCCAAAGGGAGCAAGAAGGGUUCAAGUCGCCACCAGAGUAGGACUCAUUCCGCAGACUCUAGGACUCACUCCGCGGACUCUAGGACUCAGUCCGCGGACUCCGAUCCCCAUCGGUCCGCCUCGCCAGCCAAGAGAGCUCGUCGAGAGGAGAACAGGAGCCAGUCGAGCCUCUCGCGCCACAGCAGCGAAUGCGACUCCGAGGACGUCCGCAGGCGGAGCACUGAACCUGGUGCGACCCCAGACCGCAGUAGCUAUACAUCAGAUUCCACCAGUCAGAAAUAUGACCCUUACUCGUACUCGCAGGAUUCCAGGACACACACUCCUGACCCUGCGUACCCCUCUUCUGUGACCAGCGCUGCCCACGCCGCCUCCAGCACGGCGUACCCUCAGGCGGGCACACACCCCGGCUACCCCUACCCCUACCCAGCCUCCCACUACCCCCAGGCCUCCUAUGCGUCACACUAUGCUGCCGCUCAUGCUGGCUACUCAGCCAGGGCAUAUGACCCCUUCGCUUACUCGGCUGGGCACUCGUAUGCCCCUGCAAGUUCAACCCAUACAACCACCGCGGCCGCAGCGUCCCCCUCUCCCACCUCCUAUUCAGGAAGUGCUGCUUAUCCCCUGAAUCCAGAGGCUAGCGAUCCCUACACCCCCCUUCCACCCUCAGGAAGCUCCUCGUUCUCCGUCACUGAGCCCCAGCAGGUGAACCAGGGUGAUUCGAGCGCUGGCCGAUGCCUUACUGUCAUCGAGCCAGUCAGUAGCGAGACCAUGAGCGACUUAGUCAAGGCCAAGCAAGCUGUGCUGACAGAGGAAGAUGUGAAAGCAAGACAGAAAGCAAAGGAAGUAGUCACCUGUCGGAACGCGCCUCAAACACCACCUCUGGGAGCUACCAGCACCCUUGUUGCCUUUCUUGAGCAAUGCAGGUAAAGUUAGGCAUAACAUUUACUAUGAAUGCAACGCAAGUAACAUCUUUGUUGAGCUCGAUUCAUGUACCAGGUAUCACAGGUGUUCAUUCCUGAGCGCCAGAGGUCAGAGGUCGCCUGUUUCCUGGAAGGUAAGUUGAUUUAAAUGGGAGUGAGGUCAGAGGUCGACCUGUUUCCUGCAAGGUAAGUUGAUUUAAAUGGGAGUAUGAAUGCUAAAUGUGUAAUGGUGUUUACUGUGAUAUCUCUGAAGGCUGGUGCCAAUGAUGUUGCCAUCCCCACAACCUCCCUCAGAUGCAUUCUCUACACUCCACCCUCACCCUACCCCCCUCCAUACUCCAUACUAGUCCACCUUGCCACCCAACGAGCCUUUGAACAACACAUACACAUACACACACACACACACACACACACACACAUACAAAUGCACACACACACGUGUGUACACACACACACACCGUGCCCCUAUAAUUACAGAGCUGAUAUUCAGGUCUGAUUUUUGCACCCAAUGUUAAGGACACCAUAUGACCUUUCCAACACUGUAGACCAUGGCAGCAGUGUAUUCCAUAAACACACACAGAUAAUAACAGAGAAACGUUGUAAUACUGUAGACCAUGGCAGCAGUGUAUUCCAUAAACACACACAGAUAAUAAGAGAGAGACGUCCGCAAUGUAUCAAUAAACACAUACAGGUCAUUUCACUUAUAGAGCGGCCAAACAUUACACAUGUCUCAUGGCACACACACACACACACACACACACUUAUAGAGCGGCAAAACAUUACACAUGUCUCAUGGCGCUUUACAGAGUGUUAAACAUUCAGAGAGAGCCCAUGAGUGACCUGGGAGAGGAAAAACUCCCUAGAAUUGGAGAUACAUAUAGGAGGAAACCUCGGACAGAUCCACGACUCAAGGGCCCAACCCAUCUGCCUAGGGUCAGUUACAGGACAGUGAGGCCAUUUUAGUAUUAAGAGAGAGACGUCAGCAGAAGUCGGAGGAAGUCAACGACGAGAGAUGUGUUGAACACCUGUGGAGUGUCUGUUUCUUUUCAAAACUUGUCUCUUUGUUUGAGAUCUCUGACUGCUAUUUUGGUUGUCUAAUUGUUUUAAGAUCAUCCUCACAGGACUUACUUAUAUAAUUGCGCUGUUCAUAAUCAGAAUUCCUCCAAUAAAAGAGAACUUGUUUGCA